UUGUCAAUGUUCCAUUCGUUUUCGGUCACAUGUCGCGGGGUUUUUGGCCAGCACAGGCUCCGAAAGCACGGUGAAAUAACACCGAUUGCAGCAUAUUUCGACCUUCACAACAUUGUUAUGUUCCAAUCGAGUGAAUAUCACCGCUCGAGAAAGAUUGCGGUAGACGAACAACGUGCCAGUGGUUCUACUCCAGUUGAUCUGGCAAGGUUAAGCCUACAAGAAGAGCAAGAAGACUGAUUGCUGGCCAAAAUGCUGAACGACGUGUACCGAAAACUCAAGUCAGACAUGAACAGCUGGCUGGUCAUAUCCCUUCUGCUGAGUCUAUUCGGGUUUUUGAAAGAGUUGAGACCCUCCGAGCCCUUUAUAUACGAGUUUUUGAUAGGGGAAUGGAAGAAUUUAACGGAGAGCCAGGUGAAUCAGGAGGUUUAUCCUGUGGGAACUUACAGCUACUUGGCCCAGCUGAUUAUCGUGUUCCUUAUCACUGAUUUGUGCAGGUACAAGCCCUUGAUUAUAGUGUUAGGACUGACGGGGAUUGUGGUAUGGGGUAUGCUGUUAUGGACUACAAGCUUACUGGCCACUCAAAUUUUGGAGGUCUUCUAUGGUACGUUCUCUGCUUGCGAGGUUGCCUACUUCACCUACAUUUACGCCAAAGUCGACAAGGACUACUACCAACAGGUGACGUCGCACACUAGGGCGGCUAUCUUGGCUGGCAGAGCCACUUCCGGUGUAAUGGGUCAAUUAUUGGUCUCUUUCAAAGUGUUGGAUUACCGAGGCUUGAAUUUUAUCACUUUUGGAGCCAUGAUCACCGCCACGGUAUGGAGUCUAUUCCUUCCAUCUGUAAAGAAAACAAUCUACUUCCACCAAGACACCUCCCAACAAUCAUCCUUCAUCGAAAAAAACAUCAGCGCCUACAAACUGAUGUGGACUCACUUCACCAAAGGCUACGCCAACAAAUACACCAUCAAAUGGUCAGUGUGGUGGGCCUUAGCUACCUGUGGCUUCAUCCAAGUCCAGGUCUACAUGCAACCGCUUUGGACAGCCAUUGUCAACGACCCAAACCAGAACAUCUACAACGGAGCUGUCGAAGCUGUAUUGACAAUUCUUGGUUUCCUGGGAGCUCUUUUUGCUGGAGUACUAAAAGUCGACUGGCAAACCAGAGGAGAGUUGGCUCUAACGUGUUGUUCUUUGCUUCAAGGCUUUAUCAUGCUGAUCUCCUCGCAAACACAGUACGUUUACGUCAGUUACAUUUGCUACAUAGUGUUUGGGGGGUUGUAUCACCUCACCAUCACUAUAGCUAGUAGCGAGAUAGCUAAAAAUAUAGAGGAAGAUAGUUAUGGACUGAUUUUCGGUAUCAACACCUUUGCAGCGUUACUGAUACAGACUGUACUGACUUUGGUAGUUGUGACGGGUGACGUAGGGUUUGCUCUUGCACCCAGGCAGCAAUACUUCGUGUACGGGAUGUUCCACGUCGUUUUAGGGUUUAUGUAUAUCAUUAUUGGACUGGCCAGUUGGCUGGCUAGCAAGAGGGACUAUAGGAGGGCGAGUACGGUGAUACCGCCAACGACGCGAACAGUUAUAACGUUUUAAAGAUGAUUUUAGGGUUUUUAAAGGGUUAUUUUUAAAAUGGAGGUGUCUAGAAUGAUAAAAUAUUAUACAGGGUGUACUAAAAAGUUCGCGACUAAUCGAGUUUUAAUUGAGUUAUCAAAUGUAAUACCACAAGAUGUUUCGGGAUUACCGAUAAUACUACGACUCCGAAGGAGGAGUAGUGUUGCCGGUGUCGCAUUGAGUGUCAGGCAAAAGUAUUAGGUAAUCCCGAAACAUCGAGUUGUAUUCAAAAGAUUAUACAAUAAAAUAAAGAUAUUUUGUGGAACUGACAGAAAUUACUUUUGAAUUAAUAUUUCAAAAAAUGACAAUUACAAUAUGGCCACGAGGCGAUAAUCACUUAAAUGAUUAUCACUUAUUAAUCACAUCCUUCUAUAUAGGAAAAUAUACAUAGAGUUGUAUAAUCGAAAUAAGUUUAUGCAUAAUUAUUUCAGUAUGCCUAAUAAGAAAAAAUAAUAUUUUUGACGUUUGUCACGUGAUAAAACUGUCAUCAUGGCCGCAAACUACAAAAAUUCUCUUACGUACUAUGCAAAGAGUAAGGUUAGGGGAUGAAAUAUUGAAAAAAGUCAAAUAGAUGAGGUGAUCAGAGUUUAGUUUUACCUCUGUGUGCCAAGUUUUGUUAAUAGUAUACAGGGACUAAACAAAUAUAUAAAAAUUGAUAUUUUUGAAAAUUUUUUAAAAAAAUUGUUUUUUUUUGUUAAAAUUAGUCUCUGUAUAUUUAUGAAACGCACACAUACGUAAAAUCAACUUCUGAACAACAUUGUUUUCUUUUUCUCGUUUUAUGAUGGCUUUGCUAUUUUCUCAUUGUAAUUUUGAAUAUUUUACCACCUAAUCCCACUUUUUUGUCACAUAUAGAGCUUUUUGUAAUUUUUGGACGUGACAGUUGUUGUAUGACACAUGUCAAAAUGAUUUUUCUACUUAUUGAACAUGCUGAAGUAAUUUCUCAUAAAUUUGUGUUCAAUAACUCGAUAAUAAAAAUCAUCCUCAUCGGUUGCGAACAUUUUGGCACACUGUGUAUAUAAUAAAAAAUAACUUUGACUCGUUUUAGACACCUCCGGACUUUUAAUAUACAGGGUGUACAUGAAUUCGCGCGAAAAAUGGGGAGGUGAUUCCUAGUAAUAAAAAUUUUGGAUGAAAAUUUUUUAUAUUAUACAGGGUGAGUCUUAAAUAAGUGCAAAUAUUUUUAGGACUGGCAGAUCUCGGUAAAAGGAACAUAUUUUCUCUUUACCGUUUUACAAAUAAGUCCAAAAUAACCGAAAUAUUUGACUCUGGAAAUUUAAACAAAAAUUUUUUCACUUACAUUUUCAGUAUCACUGGAUCUUUCCUGGGUUUACUUCUUGUAAAUUUAAUCUACUCCUAUACUGUCAUUUUAUCAAUAAAUGAUGUUUUUUAAGUGAGAACUUUUAAGUAAAAACUAAAAAAAAUCCUCUUUUUUAAAUGCACUUAUUUCAGACCUGCCCUGUAUAUAGCUUGACCCAAAGAAAAACACCCCUUAAUUUUUGACAUGAUGAUUUUUUUCGCACUAAUCCCUUUACACUCUGUAGAUUUUUACCAAAUAGUGUUCAAAUUUUAUUUAAAAAUUUGAUUUAUACAAGGUAUUUUUAGAUAGUGGUUGUUGUGUGAGAGCUAUAGAUGAACUUUUUAUGUAUUGAACGUGUAUAAGUGGCCAAACUGAAGACUGAUCCGAUUUGGUAUUAACAUAAAUAAUUAUUCUUAAAUCUAUCAGUAUUUAAA